CUAUGAUUCAAGUAGUGCCUAUAAUGAGCUUAUAUGCGCCUGCGAAAGAAAGACCACGGCUGGUUACAUAAUCAUGUCGAAAAUAUUCUGCCACGGAACUUUUAUCGUCUUGUGUCUCCAACAAGGAGCGCGCAACAAUUAGACAUUUCAGCGAAAGACAAUAAUCUCCUACGCUGUGCGACAGCGACACUACGGUAGGCUUCCGGGACCUUAUCGAACUUACAGUGCUAUCUAGGCGGCGUUCUGCCAACCGCGAGCUACAAGUUCGUCUCCCAUGGCAUCUCCAUCUCCAUCUGGGUACGUCGGAGAAUUCGCCGAACAAACUUCAAUGUCGCAUUUUCUCCGACCACAGGUCCACUAGCAUCGCCGCCAGUUCACCGCGCCCGCCCUGCCCUCAGUGCGAGUGCCGGCAGAUCUGUCCGCGACCAAAACUCGGGGGUCGGGGUAGACUUCACCUCAAGGUCGACAGCGAACCUAAAUAGGAUGAUUUCAUUGGUCAGAUCCCCGGAGUAGCAGAACAAUAGGGUCACGAGAGGAGAGACUCCAGGUGUUUUUUCACGCACUUCUACACGGGUGGCCAUUCAAGCAAAAACAAUAUUAUUAUUGCCAUUACUCUUAUUUGACUGGCAGUUAGCUCUAGCUUCGAGGAUAUUGAAGAAAGAGAAACACAGAAACACAGAACGUUCCAUCUAACCUCCAACAUUCAAGCGAGGUUCGUCCUUUCAAGAAAGUCUAAGCCAAGGUCGAACAGACUAUCAGUCGGGUUACUUGACUAAGCACAGACAACGACACACGCGACAUCUACAUACGUACUCGGAGCAUCGACAUCAACGCCUACAAUAUCAACAGCAACAGCGUCAGCGUCAGCAUCAACACCAACACCAACACCGAAAACCCUCAACACAACACAACUCAACCAAUUUCAAUUUCAGCACCACAUUCAAAAUGCCCGACCUCAAGAACAACCGCGCCCUGAAAAUCGUAUCCAAAGCCGCACGGGAAGGCUACGCCGUCCCCGCCAUGUGCUGCUACAACGUGGAAGCGAUCCUCGCGAGCGUCCGGGCGGCAGAAGCCAAGCAAUCACCGGUAAUCAUCCAACUAUUCCCCUGGGCGGUAACCUUCGCCGACGGCCUCUUAGUCCACGCGGCCGCCGAAGCAGCCGACAAAGCCAAAGUUCCCGUGGCCGUCCACAUGGACCACGCGCAGUCUCCCGAAAUCGUCAAACGAGCGGCCGACUUGGGGGGCUUCGACGGGAUCAUGGUGGACAUGAGCCACUACGACAAGGAAGAGAAUUUCGCCAAAACGCGCGAACUCGUCAAGUACUGCAACGAGCGGGGCAUCAUCACCGAAGCCGAGCCUGGCCGCAUUGAAGGUGGCGAAGAUGGUGUCGGCGACACGGCCGACUUGGCUUUACAGGGACUCUUGACUUCGCCCGAACAGGCCGAGGAGUUUGUCGAUCUGGGCGUCGACUGGCUUGCUCCGGCGUUUGGGAAUGUUCAUGGAAACUAUGGUCCCAAGGGGCCCCAGUUGGACUUUGACCGGCUCAAGAGUAUCCACUCCAAAGUCGGGGAUCGGGUCCACAUUGUCCUCCAUGGCGCGUCGGGUCAGUGGUUUCAUGAGGAUUUACUCAAAAAAGUUAUUGCUUGUGGGGUGGCGAAAUGUAAUUUGAAUGAUGCUAUGAAUGAUCAUUUUGUCAAGGUUCUCAAGGAGAAGGCAGGUAAAGCGCCCUUGACAACACUGAUUGAGGAGGGGACCCUGGCGAUGCAGAAGGCGAUUGAGCAGUAUAUGGAUUGGAUGGGGUCGACUGGAAAGGCUUGAUUUGGAGAUAUAAGUGACUGUUAGGUAGUUUGUUGUUUGAACAAUGAUUGCAAAAGUUUACCUCGAGAGAGAGACGCGCAUUACACAGUCCUGCAUACAUAGUACUGCAUACUGCAUACUGCAUGGACAGGAGAUGACCCUUGGGGACAUAGUGGUUACAGUAUACGAUAUUUCUCGUGUUUGAUGACUGGAAAUUUGAUUAUUAUCGGAAUGGCUGUGUCAUCGAUACACGUAUACUCCGGACAUGGCUUCGAGAAUAUUGGUGGUACUGCCUUCGAACUCCUUCUUUCGAAAGCCUACUUCCCGAUGGCUACCUACAGUAUGACGGCACAAUAUCACCGGACCGUCGGUAUCGGUCGCUGCGUGGCGGAGGAAUGACGUGAAGAAUGCAAUGAUACAAAUAGGUAGUCAUGUCGCGAAUGCUGGCUGCCAAGCGGCGAAAAAAGAGCCAUAGACACCUCGACGGAUGAGAAACCAUGCGAAAAAGCUCCAAACAAAAUGGCAGGAUUUCAUUCCAUUCCAGCAGCUGCUGCCUCGUGAUAUGCAUGAUAACGUCUAUUUUUGACUUUUGCACCCAACGCCCCAAGAUAGACAGACAAUCGAAG